UCCAGCUUUUCCAGAUCCAACACAAUUUCAAAAUCAGAAUAAAAUAAGACCCCUAACACCAAAUUCAAAAUUUCCACUGUUAACGGCUACAUAUCUCUCUCCUCCAUUCUCUCACUUCUUCCCUCACGUCUGCUCCUCUUCUCUCGCUGCCUUGUCCAAACCCUACUUUCCCUAACUCUCUCUCUCUGUUGUUGUACAAUUUCCACAAUGAAGCAUUUUGUACAGUCAAGAAACGCGAUUUUAAGAGAAGCACACGCCAACGGUGAGCCUGCAUUACAGUCGCCAAACCCUAGCUCCAAUAAAUUGAAGCCAUCGCCAACGCAGUUUUCUUCACGGAGGCAAAAGUUGUAUAAAGAGAACGCUCCGCCGUCAAAUCUGAAUUCUAUUCCACUGCCGUCAGAUCAAAAGCCCUCGCCGUCCCCUGCUGCCAAGAUGAAGAGUCCAUUGCCGCCCAGGCCUCCAUCCUUCAACCCUCUCAAGCGCAAACUCAAUAUGGAAACCGUGCCGGAAAAUGCUGUCCUGGAUUCUGGUGUUAAGGUUAUUGUGAGAAUACGACCAAUAACCAAAGAUGAAGAGGAAGGGGAAACGAUAGUUCAAAAGGUAUCCGAUCAAUCUUUGUCAAUAAAUGGCCAUAGCUUCACAUUUGACUCAGUAGCUGAUGCACAAUCAACACAGCUAGACAUUUUCCAUCUUGUAGGAGCCCCUCUUGUUGAAAAUUGUCUUGCUGGAUUUAACAGUUCAGUAUUUGCCUAUGGACAGACAGGAAGUGGAAAGACCUACACUAUGUGGGGGCCAGCUAAUGCCCUCUUGGAAGAGAACUUAUCCAGUGAUCAACAAGGUUUAACUCCUCGUGUCUUUCAACGGCUCUUUGCCAGAAUAAAUGAGGAGCAAAUCAAAGAUGCUGACAAACAACUGAAGUAUCAAUGUCGCUGCUCUUUUCUUGAGAUUUAUAAUGAGCAAAUAACAGAUUUGCUGGACCCAAACCAACGAAACCUCCAGAUAAGAGAAGAUGUGAAAUCUGGUGUCUAUGUUGAAAAUCUAAGAGAAGAGUAUGUGUUUUCAAUGAAGGAUGUGACUCAACUUCUGAUAAAGGGGUUAAACAACCGAAGGACUGGUGCAACCAGUAUAAAUGCUGAGAGUUCUCGUUCACAUGGUGUUUUCACUUGUGUUGUUGAAUCUCGAUGCAAGGGUGUGACAGAUGGCAUAAGCAGCUUAAAAACAAGCAGAAUAAAUCUUGUUGAUCUAGCUGGGUCAGAGCGACAAAAAUUAACCGGUGCUGCUGGCGAACGUUUGAAGGAAGCAGGGAAUAUAAACCGAUCUCUGUCACAGCUAGGGAACUUGAUAAACAUUCUUGCUGAAGUUUCUCAAACUGGUAAGCAAAGGCAUAUCCCUUAUAGAGACUCAAGGUUGACAUUUUUGUUACAAGAAUCUCUUGGAGGCAAUGCAAAAUUAGCAAUGGUGUGUGCUGUUUCUCCUGCACAAAGUUGCAAGAGUGAAACUUUCAGUACAUUGCGGUUUGCACAGCGUGCAAAGGCAAUCAAGAACAAGGCAAUCAUUAAUGAAGAGAUGGAGAAUGAUGUUAAUCACUUGCGAGAAGUAAUUCGACAGCUAAGGGAUGAAUUGCAUCGAGUGAAGAUGAAUAGCAACAGCCCAACAGGCUGGGAUCCUCGUAAAAGCUUGAACCUACUGAAAAGUCUUAUUCAUCCGCAUCCACGACUAACUCAAGUAGAUGAGGAUGGUGAUGAAGAGAUGGAAAUUGAUGAGGAUGCUGUUGAAAAUCUCUGCAUUGAAGGACUGCAACCAGCAGACACUGAAGAUUGCAAUAUUAUUGACAAAAGGAGAUGUAGUUUCGAACAAGAUCCUGAUGCAGUUGUUGAAAUGGAAGAAGGCAUUUCUGAACAAGGUGAGAAACAGGAAACUGUGUAUGUUGAUUGUGCUCACCCUGUUAGAAUUGCCCAAGGUUGUUCCAAUGUUAAUGACAAGGAUGUCCAAAUACUCAUUCGUACGCUUGAUGAAGAUUCCUCCAAAGGGCCCUCCAAUAAUAAUGACAAGGAAAAAAGAAAUCUUAGCUCCUCUGUCGGUAAAUUGUUGACUGAACAAUCACCUAGUAGAAUGAUGGAAUCUGAUUCUCAAACUAGAUUUUCUAUGGAAAUGAUAGUGGUGGGCAAAAUAGAUGGCUCUCAAAAUGAUGCAAUGCAUUGUGCAUCACCUUCUAGCCUCAGCAUAGUCCCAUGUGAAGCAUCACCUACCCUUAAGUCUCCAACUCCAAGUGUUUCACCCAGAAUUACCAGCAGCAGGAAAAGUCUCCGAACCUCAUCCAUUUCAACAGCUUCCCAGAAAGAUUCUAAAGAUGAAAGUAAAUCAAACCUGGAGGAUAUACAUAUAUCUUUUGCAAAAUCCAUGAGUAGCAGCUCAUGUGAUGCUUUGACUUCUCAAAAAAGUAAAGGUUUUCCUGCAACAACAGAGCAUUUGGCAGCUAGCCUCCAUCGAGGCCUGGAAGUUAUUGAGAGUCACCGCAAGAGUUCAGCAUUCAGGCGAUCAUCCUUUAGGUUUUCUUGUAGACCUCCAGAACCCAAGCAAGUGAAGCUGGUUGAAAAAGUUGAUGCAGGCGUGCAAACAUAUCCUGAAAAUAAUGACAUACCAGAAGAAGAUGAAGAGUUUGUCUGUAAGAGAUGCAAGAGCAAGAAACAACUGGAGGAGAAAGAUGCUGAUGACAGCUCAAACUUGCAGUUAGUACCUAUUGAUGGCUCAGAGUGUGCUGAUAAAUCUAAAAAACAAGUUCCCAAAGCAGUAGAGAAGGUUUUGGCAGGAGCCAUCCGGAGAGAAAUGGCUCUGGAAGAGUUUUGUGCCGAACAAACUUCUGAGAUAAUACAGCUUAAGCGUCUGGUGCAACAGUACAAGCAUGAGAGAGAAUGUAAUGCCAUAAUAGGGCAAACAAGGGAGGAAAAAAUUCUUCGGCUUGAAAGCCUUAUGGAUGGUGUUUUACCUACUGAGGAGUUCAUAGAGGAAGAGCUAGUAUCCCUUAUGCAUGAACAUAAGCUUUUGAAAGAGAAAUAUGAGAAUCAUCCUGAAGUUCUAAGGACAAAUAUUGAGCUGAAAAGAGCUCAAGAUGAGCUAGAACAUUAUCGGAAUUUCUAUGAUUUGGGCGAAAGGGAAGUGCUGUUGGAAGAGAUUCAAGAUCUAAGAAACCAAUUGCAGUACUAUAUUGACUCUUCAUCUACUUCUGCUCUAAAAAGACGUUCACUAUUGCAAUUAACUUAUUCACCUCUUAGUACAAUUCCAGAGGCAACUGGGGGGUGUUCUGAAGUGAAACUUGAACAGGAGAGAAUCAGCUGGACUGAGGCAGAAAGCCAGUGGAUUUUGCUUGUUGAAGAAUUGAGAACAGAACUUGAUGCUAGCAGGGCACUAGCUGAAAAAAGGAGGCAGGAAUUGGAGACCGAGAAGAAAUGUGCAGAAGAGUUGAAGGAAGCAAUGCAAAUGGCAAUGGAGGGACACGCACGCAUGCUUGAACAGUAUGCAGAUCUUGAGGAAAAACAUAUUCAAUUACUUGCAAGCCACAAAAAGAUCCAGGAGGGAAUAGACGGUGUCAAGAAAGCUGCUUCUAAAGCUGGAGCUAGAGGUGCUGAAUCCAAGUUUAUAAAUGCCCUUGCAGCAGAAAUUUCAGCAUUGAAAGUAGAAAGGGAAAAAGAGAGGCGAUAUCUUAGGGAUGAAAAUAAAAUGCUUCAGGCUCAAUUGAGGGAUACUGUUGAGGCUGUACAAGCUGCUGGUGAAUUAUUAGUGAGGCUGAAAGAAGCAGAGGAAGCUAUUGCUGCUGCAGAGAAGAGAGCAGAUGGUGCAGAGCAAGAAACUUCAAAAGCAUAUAAACAGAUUGAUAAAUUGAAGAGAAAACAUGAAAAUGAGAUAAACACUCUUAAUGAGCUCCUUGCAGAGUCUCGCGUACCCAAAGAAACAAUACAACCUGCUUGUAAUGAUGUUAAAACAGCCAAGUAUGAUACAGGUGACCAUUUCAAUGAAGGCGAGCGAUGGCGUGAGGAAUUUGAGCCAUUCUAUAAUAAUGGUGAACAUGGUGAGUUAUCAAAGCUUGCAGAACCCUCAUCAUGGUUUUCUGGAUAUGAUAGGUGCAACAUAUAGAGAAAAUACUUAGAAUCAAGGUGGUGUAUGUAUUACUAAUAUUUCUGUGAAAUAGCUUGGAAGGUGCAUUUUGCUGUUUAUGUAGGUUGAUACCAGUUCUCACCAUUUGUGAGGACCAAUUUUUGGUUCUGUGUCUUGUAUUGAAAUUCAGAUUCUUGCAGUUCAUAAGAGUUGAAUGAAUGAUGUUCUUUUUUAUGCCUA